GCACAGAAUUUGAGAGCCGCUUGGGCUCUUCCCCAUCAAAUAAUUAUGAGACCCCCUCAGCGUGCAGCUUGAUUAAUAAUAUCGGCCUGGGGUGCGCAAAAGCCGGGAAUCAAGUAUCUCGUCUGGCUAGUUCCGCGAGCAUGACUGGAGAUUUCUCAUUUCACAAUUUCCUACAAGAUACUUUUGGGUCAUUGGGGGAAGGAAGCCAUCCUUGCUCCGGAUACUAAUAACUGUGAUCCAGCAGCUAGGGCCAAGGUCGUAAGUCAAUCCGGGACGAACAAGCGAGAGGGCGUCUUACUUUCCUUGUCAAGCGUCAAUGGAUUCGGGUGCGCCGGGGCGCGGUUUAGCUGAGGAGGAGAGACGAGGGGACGCAAAUAUCGCAGAGAAGGGAAUGGCAACGGAGCAGAUAAUCGUGAAGUUCGAGCCCGGUGAUAAGGAUAAUCCUCACAACUGGUCUAUGACGUGGAGAUUGGUGAUUUCCGGCAUAUACAUCCUCUUAUCCUUGAACAGCACUCUUGGUUCGAGCAUGCCGGCUGGUGCGAUCAAGGUUAUUGCUGAAGGACUUAACGUGACGAACAAAUAUCAGUUGGUUCUUCCCAUAUCCGUCUUCCUCAUUGGAUACAUAGUUGGCCCGCUCUUCCUUGCACCACUAUCUGAAGUAUAUGGACGGAGACCCUUACUCCUUUGGACGUUCGUGCUCUAUUUAUUCUUUACUCUGGGUACAGCACUGGUGUCCAAUUUUCCGGGACUCCUGAUAUUAAGAUUCUUCGCCGGUACCGCGGCCGCAGCACCGUUGGCCAUCGUGGGAGGAGUGUUUGCAGAUUGCUUUCCAGAUUCGGUGCAUAGGGGCCGGGUCAUGUCAAUGUGGGCAGCGGGAACAAUUUUCGGUCCUACACUGUCUCCACUCAUAUCAGGAUUCUUGGGAAAAGUGUCGUGGAGAUGGCCAUUUUGGCUUGAGCUGAUAUUUGGAGGAUUCACACUGAUACCGAUGGUCUUCGUACCCGAGACCUUUGGACCUGUGAUAUUAGCUCAAAGGGCUGCUCGGAUACGAAAAGAGUUGAAAAGAGACGGUAUCAUUGCACCGGGAUCGGCCGAGAAUGUUGACUUGAAAGAGCUCUUUGCUGUGACUCUUAGUCGACCGGUAAAAAUGCUUUUUACCGAGCCGAUUGUGCCGGCGGUUUGCUCGUACAUGGCUUACGUCUACGCCAUCCUCUAUCUUUUCUUCCAGGCAUACCCUAUCAUAUUUCAAGAUGAGUAUGGAAUGUCACCAGGGAUCGCCGGGUUGGCCUAUCUGCCAGUGGGAGUUGGAAGCGUUAUCUCUGCCAUGAUGGUCGUGCUCUGGGACGAGCGCAUGCGGAAAAGGGGGAACAAGAAGCAGUCCAUGGAGUACCACCGUUUGACUCUCGCCUGCAUUGGGGGGCCGCUUAUCAUAAUGUCUCUUUUCUGGCUGGGCUGGACCGGUAGGAGAUCGGUACAUUGGAUUGUCCCUAUUCUCGCUGGACUCCUCUACGGAACUGGCAACACAACGAUCUUUAUGGCUUUGUUUAACUAUCUGACGGACGCGUACGGGAUCUACAGCGCGUCGGCAAUGGCGGCGGGCGCGUGCACGAGAUCGAUAUCCGGUGCGCUGCUGCCUCUGGCGGCGAAGCCAAUGUACGAGAGACUUGGGAUUGGCUGGGCAAGCAGCGUCCUGGGGCUGAUGGGCCUCCCUCUGGUCGUGAUUCCGUUCCUAUUUUUGAGAUACGGGCAACAGCUGAGGGCCCGGAGCCCGUUCUGCGCCGAGCUGGCUCGGCGGAAGAUGGAGGAAGACGACGGGAGCGCAGGGAGAGGAGAUUCGAGCGGUGUCGUUAUCUCAGCUGUAGAGCAGACACGGCGCGCUGAUCGUCCAGCGGCCUGA